AUGAAAGAUGCCCUGCCCCAGCAACAAGUUCUGCGGAAUGAGUCUCACGAGCACGUCCCGUCCGUCGAAGAGGAGCUGGACGAAUACAUGAUGCUCAGAGAGGUGUCAGGCCAGUACCCUCGUGAAGACGAGGCUCGCUCGUAUAUAGUUAAGCGUCGCCAGCGAGGACUUCUUCUGAGCUUCACGGCGAUGGUUUUUGUCAGCCUUGCGAACAAGGUUUUCCAAAAGCUGGAGACGAUCCCGAUGUACAACUACCCCAAUUUCCUGAACCUCUUCACGACGUUCGUAUACAUCCCGUUCAGUUUCGCGUACAUCAUCCCCAUGAUGCGAUACGGUGACACCAUCACGCCCGAGCAGACCAGCGUGCCCAAGAGAGUGUUCGCCGUCAUGGGCGCGCUGGACGGCGUCAGCGGCAUCAUGCAGAUUUUCGCGUCCACCUACCUAGGAGGGUCCCUCAUCAUCCUCCUCACCCAGGCUGCGAUCCCGAUCUCAAUGGUGACCUCCAAACGUUUGACGGGGGCUCGCUAUUCUGUUUCGCAAUACACCGGCGCAACGGUUGUGGCUGCGGGGAUCGUGAUCGCCAUUGGCCCGAGCCUAGCGGUUGGCUCCAGCAGCGGUGGUGGACAGGAGUUGGUUUGGUCGAUGGUGCUGGUGGCCUCCUGCUUACCCAUGGCGCUCUCAAGCGUGUACAAGGAGAUGGCUCUCGGCGAGUCCGAGCUCGACCCCAUCUACCUCAAUGGCUGGGUGGCCGUUUUCCAGUUCCUGGUCUGCAUACCGUUGGCAGUGCCAGCGGCGCUAGCGGGUGACCCGGCGAUCUCCCCCCUGGAGCUGCCGAAGAACCUCUGGGAUGGGUGGAUGUGCUACUUGGGCUACAACUCGGUGAUGAUUGGGGAGCAUCCGGACAACUGCUGGCCCGACAGUCCGCUCUAUGUCACCCUCUACCUGAUGGUGAACAUCACCUACAACAUCCUCAUCACCUUGAUAUUGAAGUACGGCGGCGCUAAUGUGCUGUUUCUGGCGAUGACGAUCUGCGUGCCCCUGGGAAACGUCAUCUUCGCGCUCCCUUUCGUGCCCGGGCACCAACCCCUUCACGCCACGGACAUCCUCGGGCUGAUUUUCGUCAUGACGGGACUGGUUUUGUACCGCUUCGGCCCGGCGCUCCACCACUUCUUCGGCCGAAUCGAGGCCGGCAGUGACCGCGUCGCUAAGGUCGCCUCUUCCAUAAGAGGCCGCGGUUCGGGUCCGCCGUACGCCGCGGGAGAUCACCGCGAGCCUCUUCUCGAUCUGGCGGAAGAAGGCGACCAAGGGGACAGGGGUUUCUAUGACAGGAGAAGGAUGGAGGCGGGGAGAGGGGCGCAGGGGAGGAGGGAUCAUACGAAGAAGGUCCCGAAGCCGGUUGACGACGAGUGGGAGAUGUGACCUGCUGUUGUCCACGGACGCUAGAGCUUUUGGAUAGGGAGGAAGGUUGGCCAAGAACGGCUGUGCUUGCCGGAUGGUAGAUAGUCAGCGUUUUGGACGGGGGGCGGGGGGCGGCAGGGAGAAACGCGAGCGCGCGGAGGUUGGGCAGACACGCGUGCUCUUUCGCCUCAUCAUCCAUUGAGCAUCGUGCACCAUACGCACAUGCCAUAUGUACAUACAGAUUUGUUUUGUCGGGUCGUUGGUUGUGGAGAAGAGUAGCCGUUUUUUCCAGAAGAUUUUGACCGCUUCGAAACUACAUCUGCAAAACGCCACGUCAGCAGGUAAUCGGUGCAUGCAUGUGUUUUCACGUCCUCGGCGUGCUUGUCACACGCUUGAGCAACAGCACGUCUCCACGUCCUGCCCGAAUUACUUAGUGUUAUCGACUUGUCAAGGUCAGCGGUGUGGAUAAUAUGCAUGUAUAUGCAUUCAAAACGCGCAGAGGGUUUGGUUUGAUUAUGUUGGGAAUCGGUAUAACUUGGCGUUAACAUUGAUUGAUUGUUGGUUUGUCAAGGGGAAGGGGGGCGUACGUCGUGUGUCCGUCAUGCCUGAUUCAACGAAUUCAUUUGUACGUGGUAGAAAAACCAAUGGGCAACUAAGAGUAUUUUACGUACGUUCAUUCGCGUGCGUGCGUCCUUUCGGUGCAUGAGUCGCUGAAGAAGUAAAUAUGUUUGCAGGUUCUCGAGUUCUGAGCGUAGCGAUACAUGUAGAAAGGCUCCGAAAGAAGGCCCCAGCCGUCGUUGUUGCUGUGAUUUGCUUAGCAUGUUGCGACGCAUCGAUUAGGCCGCAAGUAGAUUACGAACGAAAGUUUUUCUUGUGUAGCCACGAAGCGUUGGGUCCAAAGAACGUUGCAUGUUAUUUGUCUUUUUGCGUUCGUUUCUUCGUUUCUUGCUUCUCCCUGCAGGUUUCUACCCUGUUUGGGAUUUGAGCACAAGGAUGGAUAUCUAACGGUGCAUGCGGUAGGUCUUGGGGAAAUAGUAUGUAUUUGCUGUAAAGACUUCAAGACCUCCCUUCGACUGCUGCUCUGGUUAUAUCUCGCACGGGUAGUAUUUCUGUGUUUUUUCGUUUUCUGGUAUUUUCCUAAAAAUACUGAUCUUUGGUGGGAGGUGCAACUACCUGGGUGGGAAAUAGCUUAGAUUAGUCCGAGGGGAUGAGAGUCUUCACCACCCCUCCCCACCCAAGGGGCCCUCCAUCUGGAAACGUCGGAACACCCCACCCUGGGCUACGCUUCAAUCUAGGUCGUGGGGGGGGAGGGGGGGGGAUGG